AAAAUAAAAUGGGAUACAGCUAGGAUGAAUAAAAAAGAGAGUUGUUGGGCACAUGGGAGCCAGUGAGGUUGACCAAUUAGAGAAAGUGAGGAGAGUCAAGCACGACCAAAACGAUGCCACACAACCCACGACACGCAACAACAGUAACGAACCAAAGCCGCAACAAUACACAACAGAACCAAACCUUCACUGACUCGACACGCGUCACUUAUCCUUUCCAAAAACACGUGUAUUCUCAACAGUAACUCUCCCUCAUAUCGACACGUGUCCACUCCAAACAAGUUGCAUGACAGCGACCUUCAAUCGCAAAAGCACAAAAAAACAUUUUGCAGUGAGAAAUCGUGUCACUCUCACCACGUGUCGUUAUACACUUCCCUCCCAUGAUCGCCACUUGUCUCUUCCUUCCACGCCUUCCUUGUCACAUCCCAAGGGCAUUCUCGGUAUCCCAUUCAACAUUAUUCCCUUUUCUUUCAAUUUCAACACCAAAACACUUUUUUUUCUUCUCUUUUUUUUCUAUUACUAUUAUUUUUGUCAAUUUCUUCUUCCGAUUUGCAUUUUACUCUUCGAACAAUCUUCCGUGUAAUCUGAAAAAAAUAAUCUUUUUUUGCGGGGAUUGCUUCCUGUUUUAGCGAAUUAACAGAAUUUAUUAAAAUUCAAAUAAUUUUCUCCUCGAUUUCAAUGGGUUUUUUGUCUCCGCUUGAAAAGGAACGUUUUUGUGAUCUGGGUAUAUGCUAUUCUGGGGUUUACUAUGUUAUCUUUCAUGGGUUUUGCUGAUUUGAAAUUUCAUCAACAUCAUCAUCGUCGUCGUCAUCAUUACCAUCAUCAUCAUCAUCAUCAUUAUCAUUUAUCACCUCAACAAACAAGGCCUGUUUGAUUAUGUUGGAGAAGAAGUAGGUAGCAUGUGGUUUUUAUUGAGUUUUGAUGAAGAAUAAUAAUUGUGAUAAGAAUCUAUUUUGAUUCAUGAAGAUGGAGAAGUACCCGAGAGAUCUACUUGAACGACUCUUUGGUUCAACUGGUGGCACUGAUAAUAAUAUUCAUAGCAUAACAACAACAACACAACAAAUCCAAAACACACAUCAUCGUCAAUAUAAUCAUCUUCUUCGAGAAGAGGAGGAAGAAGAAGAUGAAGAAAAUGAAGGGGUUGAACUGAACCUUGGUCUUUCAUUAGGUGGUAGAUUUGGUGUUGACAAACAUGCUAAAAGUAAGAAGCUUAUACGUUCUUCUUCUGUAGUUGGAACAAUGCCUUUGCUCCGGGAAGAUAUAGCCACGGCUGCCGGAAUGGCUUCGCCGACUCCGGCGUAUCCCACGGAGACGGAGGAAGAGUGGAGGAAGAGGAAGGAGUUGCAGACGCUGCGGCGGAUGGAGGCUAAGAGACGGAGGUCGGAGAAGCAGAGAGUUUCUAAGUCGGAGAGAGAUUCCGCCUCCGCCGCUGCAUUUACCGGUGGAGGUGGUGGUUUAGAGGAAAUUGAAGGUGCAGGUGCAACAAUGGUGUUAAAUAGGAUUGGUUCUUCAAUUGGGUUGCCGAAUUGGGCUAUGGCAACUAAGCAAGUUGUUCUUAGUGAUGUUUUGGGGAAAGGGAAAAUUGGUGUUGUUGGUUUUCAAGGAUUAUUUGCUCAACCAUCUUCUCAAGGUUCGGUAGAUUCACAAGGUGGAAGUUCUUCAUCAUUGUCUGAAAUGGAUAGCAAGCCUUUUCUAGGAUCGGGGAGUUGUGGUGAAGCAAGAAGCCCGGCUAGCACUCAGUCCUUACAGGAAAGAAGCAGCCAGGACGCUGUUGGCUCAUCAGGAGGGACAAAGACAAACGAGAAAUUGACUAGAACAUCUUCGAGAGCUGAGGUAAUGGAGAAUUCAUCUAAGAAACCUAAUCCUACACAAAAUAUGGGGAAGGAAAUUGGAACAAACUCAAUGGAAGACAUGCCUUGUGUAUUUACAAAAGGGGAUGGUCCUAAUGGAAGAAGAAUUGAAGGAAUCUUAUACAAAUAUGGAAAAGGUGAAGAAGUGAGGAUAAUGUGUGUGUGCCACGGAAACUUUCUUUCUCCAGCUGAGUUUGUUAAACAUGCUGGUGGUGGUGAUGUUGCACACCCUCUUAGACACAUUGUUGUUAACCCUUCUGCCGCUCCCUUAUUGUGAUGGGAGUCCCUUCAACAGUAGGGAUGUAUUAUAUUCAUUCAAGAGAAGGAAUGUUAAUCAGUUUCAUAGCUUCUCUAGUAUGCUCUCCAUUUUUAUUUUUGCUAAGGUAUUGAGAAUUAAUGAAACAAUAUAUUUUUAUAGAGUCACUUGAUUGCCUUCUGGAAUGGAAUGUUACAUUGGUGCCUUUGAUAAAUUAUUGACCAUGUACUUUA